AUGACCGAAAGAGUACCAGCACCUGCAACGACGCCCGUACAGCAUGAAGAUCUCAACAAUCCUUAUGACUUACCCGGCUAUAGGAAAAUCUCCAAGAUUGGCGAAGGUACUUAUGGCGUCGUCUUUAAAGCAGAGCAGGAAUCAACGAAAGAAUUUGUCGCUAUAAAAAAGAUUCGACUCAAUAUGCAAGAAGGUAUACCCACAACAACGUUAAGAGAGAUUGCCGUAUUGAAAGAGUUGAGGCAUGACAAUAUUAUCAAGAUGACCGAUAUGAUUCAAAAGAAUAACGCUGUUUAUCUCGUAUUCGAAUACUCUGAAGUAGAUUUGCGAAAAUACAUGGAAAAAGUAGGAAGAAGAGGAUUAACAGCCGAUCAUAUCCGCAGCUUUAUGCACCAAUUGCUACGUGGUUUACAUUAUUGUCAUACCCGCCGUAUACUUCACCGUGACCUUAAGCCUCAGAAUUUACUCAUUGAUCGCCAUGGUAGGCUUACCAUUGCUGACCUUGGGUUGGCUAGAUCUUUCGGUGUGCCAAUGCGCGCUUAUACCCAUCAAGUUGUCACUCUUUGGUAUAGAGCACCUGAAAUCCUUUUAGGAAGUGAUUAUUAUUCAACCGCGGUGGAUAUGUGGAGUGUUGGUUGCAUUAUGGCUGAAAUGAUUGCAUUCCGACCACUCUUCCCAGGAGCAACACAAAUCGAAGAGCUUUUUCACAUUUUUCAAUUGAGAGGCACACCCACCGAAGAAGUCUGGCCAGGUGUGUCAACUCUACGUGAUUACAAUGCACAAUUUCCACCUUGGAAGCCUAGAGAUUUAAAAACGUUGCUGCUCAAAUGCCAUGAUUCUAUCGAGAUGCCUGACCUAGCCUUCGAUUUGCUAGAGCGGUUGUUGACUUAUGAUCCUUCGCAUCGUAUCACAGCCAGGUCUGCGGAAGAGCACGAUUUCUUCUAUUCUGACAUUUCAAAGCUACAAUUUUAG